AUGGUUGGCGUCCCCAAAAGCAAGGGCUGCCAAACAUGCAUCAAACGCCGGGUGAAAUGUGAUCUCGUACGACCGAACUGCACUCAAUGCCGAAAAUAUGGCGUCGAAUGUCCGGGCUACAUCAAACUCCACAAGUUCAUAAAUGAAGGACCACAGCUCGGAACCCGAUUCACGAAAAAGCCAGAGCCAACCCCAGAAUCAAUCGAUGAGCGCAUCGCACCCUCACUCGUGUCCAGAUCAAUGGGCAAGCAGCAACCGGUGAUCUUCGGCGAUUUCGUCAUGGCCUCAUUCACGCGCUGGUUCGGACUGAACCGCUAUCGAGUACAUGUACCGUGGACAACAUACGUCGCGCAACAUGGGGGAAAGAGCCCAGCGUUUGAUGCGGCUGUCUACAGCAUGAACUUGGUUUUCAUGGGGUACACUCAUGUCGAUGAUAAGUUACAGCGCUCGAGCCAGGAGAUGUACAGUAAAGCGCUGCGGCUAUUCGGCGACAGGAUCCGAGACGAGGCUGCGAUGAAGUCUCGUGAGAGUGUCAGCAUCACUAUCGUGCUGAGCUUAUUCGAGGCAUAUUCGCCUACGAACCCGGACUCCUGGGCGCACCAUGCUGGUGGGACGGCGUUGCUUAUGGCUCACCGUGGUCCUAAGGCUCAUUUGACGGGGUUUGAUCGCUGUCUUUAUCUCUCUUUCAGAAGUUUCAUUGUUGCGGAGGCUUUUUUGAAUGACAAGCACUGCAUAUUUGAGCGGCCGGAGUGGCAAGCUCAUGUGCAUCAAGUUCGUCGGGAGGAUAUGGCCGAUCCACGGGUUGAUGGGCCCAUUGCUCUCUUCAUCGACUUGCAGGAUCGCAUCUUCAUCGAGGUUGCAAAGAUUCCAGGGCUGCUGUUUGAGUCUCGCCGGCUUAGACAAACGGACAACCCAGAACAGACUGCGCGCCAGCUCUCAGCACGAGCUCUGAGCUGUAGUCAGGUCAUCUAUACAUUCUCGGCUCACCUGCGCCUGGCAGCUGCUGUACAAAAAUACCAAUGGUGCAAGCCAAAUGACAAGAGUGGCACGCAGUCUAGCGACAAAUCUCCUUUCAUUGGUCCCAUUCCCUCGACAUUCCCACAAGAAUUUGCGAACAGCGUUCUCCGGGGCAGCGACAUUUGCAGAUACCUUCUUGGUCUUCUUGUUGAUUAUCUUGAUGGCUACAAGGCGAACACUCAAUCCUGUGAAAAAGAUCAAACGGAGAAUGUGGACUCGUUGCCAUUUCACUUCGUGUCUAAAGUUCGAGGGUCCAAAAAUUCCAAUUUGACGCCAAUUGAACCAGGCGGUCCCGAAAAAGACCUGCCGUCUCCUAAUAAAUGGCUUGAUCUGGUGGCAGCUUCUAUGGGACUCGAGGCGUUUGAUAUAAUCACAUACCCGACCAGAAGUCGCUCGCCUGAGCUUGUUGAUGACCAGUGGGAUGCUGCUCUCGCAGUGCGAUAA